UUUCGAGCCGAGCCACUCCGACAAACACCACGUGCCACGCGGCCGAGUUGCACGUGCGUCCGCGGAGCUGUCGAGCUUUUGCGCGUCGUGGCCGCGAAUCGAGCCUUCCAACCGAAACGUUUUCCAUCCUGAACGCGUUCUAUUCCCUCUUUCGCCUUUUUCCCUCCUUCUCCGUUCGCCCCUUUAUUCUCAUCAUCGUAUAUACAUAUAUAUAUAUAUAUAUACAUAUAUAUAGAUAUAUAUAUCGUUUCGUCUCGAAUGCCGAAGAGAAAAAUUGUCCGGGCGAGGAAUCAGAGGAAGAGGUACUUUUUGGCCUGGAAAAGAUCGACAGAUUGAGAGGCAAGAGCGUGGAGAGGGAUCGAGAGGCAAUCGAAAAAUUCGGAGGGAAUCGCCAAGAACGAUACUGGAAUAAUAAUCGAGAAGUGAUAAUCGCAAAGCCACAAUGGAUGGGACGAAAAGCGAGCCGAGCAAGAGCGGGGCUGUGCAACGGGAGUGCGGUGGUUGCGGAGAGGUAAUUACGGAAAGGUAUCUUCUCAAAGUGUUGGACAUGUUCUGGCACGAGGAUUGCUUAAAGUGCAACAGUUGCAAUUGCAGACUCGUGGAAGCUGGUCCCUCGCUUUACAUUAAAUCUAAUCUGAUAUUGUGCAAGAAGGAUUAUUUAAAAUUGUUUGGACUCACUGGCCAUUGCGCGGCCUGUAACAAAACCAUCCCAGCCUUCGAGAUGGUGAUGAGGGCGAGGACGAACGUCUACCAUUUGGAGUGUUUUGCGUGUCAACAAUGUAACUACAGAUUCUGCGUGGGGGACAAAUUUUUCUUGUGCGAGAACAAAAUCCUGUGCGAGAGCGACUACGAGGAGAGGCUGGUCUUCGCCAACAUGGCGGUCCAUCCACCAUCGACCGCGACAUUGGCCCAGAUCAAGAGACAAGUGUUCCAUCUUCAACCGCAGAUCAUGUCACCUAAUCCGCAGAGGCAAGUGAACGGAGAGACGACCCAUAACCACAAUGGCUACGCGCCCGCGAGCUCUAGCGCCCAUAAUAUCCUCAACUCCAUGAAUAAUUUAAACGGUAUCAAUGCACAGGCACCUUACGAUACCAAAUGACAAACGAAGUAAGCGUCUGCCAUCGAUCGUAUCAUCCAAACGCGUUGCCAAAUUCGUUUAACAAGAACACGGACGUCUUCUAUCGUCGUCGUCGUCGUCGACAUCAUCGUCAUCAUCGUCAUCGUCAUCGUCAUUGCCGCUAUCGUAGUAACACUCGGAAUUCGUUCGUUCGUUAUUGGCGUUAUUUGAAAAGUCCGUUCGAGAUUCGUUCGUCGAGACAACGUCGAUGAAACGAAAAUUCGAUCCGUGACCAAUGUAACACGAACGUUCGUUGAUUCGUUCCGCGUAGACACAUUUUCCAAUGGCAACUUCUAUUUCUCUAAAAAAAAAAAUCUAAUCUAAGUAGUACUCUGUUAAAUCGGUCCCUAUUACGUCAUAUUAUUUCCGAACAAAUCUCCUCGAAUCUUCCUACGUAUCUUCCCAAUUUAUUAUUAUUAUCCAUGACGUAAUAGGUUGCCCAAAAUUUUCAAGACUGUACGACUGAAGCGUGCGCGUGAUGCGCGUCAAAGACAGAUUGGUGCUGUUUUAGACCAAGUUUAAUCGCGUUCGAAUUUCGCGAGUUAUAAAUGUGAUUAGGAACGUAAAAAAAUCCGAGGAUUUGAAAGGAUUUGAGGGGGAUGGGAGAAAGCGAGAAGCAGAAGGCAGUGCAGGGAGGAAAAUGGGGGAUGAAAGAAGAAAGAGGUCGGUGGGGAGGGGAAACAAUGCGCGGGAAUAAACGGAAUGCUCAGGGGUGAUCAAAGUUUGCCCGUACUUGGUAGCCGACUUUGCUUGUCCGUUGCGGGCCACGCCGGUAAAUCUAGCUUUACCACUGGACCACUGGACGAGCAGCAAGGGCCGGAGGUGGAAGGACCGGGCAACCGAGCGAAAUUGGCGAGCGAGUUGGCAGAUCGAAUCGGUUGGGUUCGCCGUCCAAAACCAGCCAGCCCAACCACCCCUUGGGGCUCAUACGUUAGGGGGUGACUUAAGCAUUGUUUCAAGUUCGAAUCUCCCGGCAGAGGGCCAGAUUGAUGUCACGAACUUUUCCGUUGCCUUAUUUGCGAGUCAGAUAACGAGGCUGAGUUAUGCCGAAACUUCUCUCUUUUCUCUCGGAUCGGGCCGAAUAAGAUGUUUUAUUUCCCCCGAUUCGAGGCGCGGCGCGGCCAAGAUUUGUCGGUGGCACGCCUCCGGCAAGAAUUUCGCGAUCCCUCGAACGAUAAUAGGCUUACGCCUGUCGGAUACGAUAAUUUUCCGGGAAACGAAUACUUUUCUCCUGGUUCUCGACGAUAAAUAGAUCGUCGUGCUGCGAUGAAUCGUUCGAUCAUGGAUUACUCUCCACUUGACAUUGUUUCAAACGAAACGAAACGAAACGAUCGAAACUUUUCUAGCGUGAGAAAUUUGAAGAGACGUUUUUUUUUCCUAAUUGAAAUCGAUAAAAAUUUUAUUGAGAAAAACACGUAGGAAAAAUUAAGACGGGCGUCGCUUUGAUAAUUCGAAGAAAUUUUUUUGUAAAAUCGUGUCGUCAAUCGCGAUUCAUUCUCGUCGCGAUCCCUUCUUUGAACACUUUUCUCGCACGCCGGAAUAAAAGUAAUCGUUUCUUUUUUUCUUUUUUGCGAAACGAGCCUAUCAUCGUUCGCCAUUACAUCGUUUUUAUCGAAUUUUUACUAUUCGAAAAGUUUCGUUCGAUAUUUUCUAAGCAUAACGAAUACUUCCACGAUACUCCACGAUUUUACGAUCGCGCGAAACGUAGUUCCUAACGUUUUAAGCGUUUCUCUGGGACGAAAAUUGAAAGAAGAAUAGAUAGAGAAACCCGUAUUAUUCGUUCUCGUCUCGUAUCGAUUAUCGAUCGAUCGUCCAAAGAAAACCGAAAAACUCGUAGAUUUACGAUAUAAUAGCGACUGCGGUAGGCGAUCUCUAGUCAUCACUAUCGUGUCACCCGCAUCAUCGAGAGUAUCUGCUCCAUCGGCGCACGUAUCCAAACUGCUUAACGUCGUAAACGUUAAAGAAGAAAAAUAAAAAAAAAAAACACCUUAGUCCAUUUCGUCUUAAAUACGAUGCUAUGUACGAUGCAUGUAAAAUCUUCGAACGAGAAUACGUAAGGAAGUGUGUACGUUCGCUAGUAUAGAUAUGUUUUGUAUCAUAGUUCUAUCUAAUAGAAAUAUUAAUUGAAAUAAAAUUACUGUUUCGAUGUUAACGA